AUGGCUCGUGCCCGCACCCCUCUCACUGCUGUCCUGGCCCUCGUGGUGGCCGCCGUCGUGCUUCGUCGCCUCAGCCCGGACUUCGUCCCGCCGCCCCAGGCGGUCGCGCGCAUUGAGCUUGACCAGGCCACCGGGGCCGUGGUGGCUGCCGGCCUGGCGGCCGUCUCCGCUCCUCAGCCGGCCCUGGCUGCUCGCGCCUCGGACGAGGACGACGAGGGCUUCGAUAUCCGCAUCCUGGCCGUGCUGGCAUUGCCACUCUUUGCCAUUUCCUGGGCCCUCUUCAAUGUGUGGCGUGUUGCCUUCCGGCAAGUGGUGCGCAUCGGCGAGAGUGCCAAGGGCAACUCCCUCUGA